AUGUGCAUGACGAAAGCGGCGACCGCACUGUUGGUCGUGCGGGGUGCGGAGGCGGAGGUAGAUGCGGAAGCGUCGGUUCGGAUAUUGGCAGAGGCGGUGGGGGCAUUGGUGGCGAAAGCGGCGGCGGAGGCGUGGCAUGCCCGGCCGGGGGCAACGACUGCUCUGAAUGCUGCGCGGCCGGUCACGGCGACGCUCGUAGCAACGAGGCCGGGUCAUCCACGCCGAGAAGAGCAGUUUAUCUUCGGGAGCCCUUGGAGUCGCCGAGUGCCGGUCCAGGCAAUCUCGGACACGGAUUGGAUGCAUUAG